AUGCUAUUCAUCAGCCUCACCCUAGUUGCGUCAACCGCCCUCCUUCGUCUAACUGAUAGUGCCACGGUCGAAGCCGAUGUCUGGACGACGAGUCAGAAGGACACAACCGCUGUCACGCAUGUAAAUGCUGAUCACUACGGCUCUUCUUCGACAAGGCAGCUGCGGUCACAAGUACCGAUUCCCGGGAUGGAGGAUUCUGCGAUUGUGUUGAUUGCAAGCCGUGUCAGGCCGUCUCUAGAAGAAGUGAGUACUGACAUCAGGGCCUUCAAGAAACGAAAGACAACAGGUUCAUUUCCUGAGAGCGUCUUAGGCGGUAACUAUCCCAAGUGGCCGCGAGACUUUGUUUCCUCCGAGAUCAUGUCUGCCGUUUUCGCUGCUGAAAAGAUGAUUAAGAGCGCUGAGCUCUUGAAAAAGGCUCAACGUGUGGAGCUGCAGACGAUCGGAAGAGGGCUUGCCUUAGACCUUGUCGACGAGAACGCAAAGAUAGAAUGGAGUGUGGAGAGACUUGUUGCGGCCAAUAUGCCCCGACAUGAUAACUCUUUCACACGUUUCCAUAACAUUGUCGCUAAUUCUCUCCUAUUUUUCUCGCUGUCCGACUCAGAACAUUCCCUGGCCAGUAAGUAUGUGAGUGGGAUGUUGCAAACAUAUAUGAACAAUCAGCCUCAGUAUCACUUUUUGAGUUCAAAGCAGAUGCUUCGUCUGGCUAAAAAGCCAGAGGUCGAUUCGCGAUUCCUGCUUCGUCUCCUGCGCAUGGAAGGUGACACCGGUUUAACCAUUUCCCUCACCCUGAUGAAGAUGUUAGGCAACCGCGACCAGCAAGAGUUCGCGACGAAGUAUUUCGAUCUUCUUCAAGAUUCCAUUGCCAGCAUUCGUCUCACCAGAACUUAG